AUGACCUAAAAACGGAAGUGACGAAGAAAUGUUUCUGUGCGCAUGCGUCCAGUUUCGAGCGGGCUGAUUCAAAACAAGAUGGAUCUUAUAUCUGCGCUGCAGUUUCUCAAGUUAGGAGAAAUUCCACAAGCCUGGGUGGAUGAAGUGUGGGACUUAGAGUUCACACAGAGAAAACCAUUCGAUGAUACCAUAGAAGAAGCGCUCUCGGCCAGCAAAGACAAGUCCUUCAGAACCCUGUAUCAGUGUCUGCUGACCCAUGCUGCUGACCAGCAGAAGUUUGCAGACAGCGAUGGAGCUUCACAGAGUAUCUGGGCGACUCUGGGGGAGAACAGGGUCUCGAUCAAGUCUCUGGUGGCUGUGCUGUCCUUCUUUGUCCUGGCGGGAAAAGCCAAAGCGGCCAAUGUCCAGCAAAGAGUGAACGGCCUGCAUGCUGCAUCAGUCUACCUGCUGCUUCUGGGAAUCCCAGGGAGCAUCAUCAACCAGGUUUUCCACGAGGUUUUAUUGGACACGUGUUCAAACCUCACCUCUCUCUGCUGGCCUCAGGACUCUGGAAAGAAACGCAAGAAGGACGGCCUGAAGAGUUCUCAGGCGGAGGGCAAACGCUCCAAACCACAGCGGAAAGACGCAUCUGAGGAGAUGGAAGUGGACGAGGCAGAGGAUGAGGAGGAGGAAGAGGAGCUUCAUUUCUCUGGCCAGGACUUGAUGAAGAUCAGAGAUGCUGUGGUUCUCUUGGUUCAAAGCCUCCUCAGACUCCUGCAGACAUUUCCGCUCAAAGACAGACCACAGAGCGCCAGCAACUGCACAGAGAUCUUCACUAAGCUGCUGUACUUUGAGCCGGUCAUUGGAAAGCUAACCUUUGCAGCUGUGCAAGAUAUCAGCAAGCUGAGGAGUGUUCCGGAGAUGGCUUUCUACGGCCUGCAGCUGCUGUGCUUGCCAAAACACGGAGACCAGAAAGACUCCCUGCGGAGGAUUUUCCAUCGGCUCCUCUACGUGAUCCUGAUGAUGAACAAAGGCAGCAGAGGGAAGCCCUCACUCCUCAUUUGCAGCCAGGCCAUCCUCUCCACCCGCGACCAGGCUGUCCAUUUUAUUUGUUAUCUUGUGGAAGAGCUGAAGGAGGUGGCACUGCCUUUCCUGCAAAUCCUCCUGCAGCAUAUCUGCUACCAGAUGGUGGAGAAGAGCGAGUUUCGAAGCCAUGGCGCUCAGACUGUGGGUUUGUUGACGUCUCAGAUGGCAAGUAAAGACUACGCCUGCUUCAUCAAGUGGCUGAGUAACUUCUCCAUACACUCAAAGAUGGUGAGCCGGCUGUUCUCCGUGGACGUGGUGAUGGUUUUGCUGGAGCAGCCAGAGAGGGAGCAGGAGGAGUGCGAGGACGCUGACCUCGCCUGCUUCCUGCCACACAAGUUCCUGAUCCAGAACCUGCUGUUCGCUCGGAGGAUGGACAGCUCGCCCACCGUCCAAAGCCACACCCUCGCCUGUCUGGCUCAGUGUCUGGAGCUGCCUUCGCUCAAUGCCACCCGGGCCGUGCACAACCUCUUCUCCGCCACUGGAACCAUGUUGGUAAAUGAAACCACAGAAGCAAGCGUCAGCUCUCAGCAGACUCAGAAAACCUACCGCACUCUGCCGUUCAGGACUGUAGAGAUUACCAGCACUGAUGGCUCUAGCUGUGACGCAAAAGAGAACCUGGCUCUUCUCAUGCGGCAUGUAAACGACUCAAAGACCAACGUGAGGAAAUCAGCUCUGCAGGCUCUGGUGGGUCUCCUGAAACAUGACGUGAUCCCCAUGAGCAGCGAGAACCUGGCUACACUGUCUGAGCGCUGCAGAGACCCGGCUGUGUCUGUGAAGAAGAAGGCCCUGCAGUGUGUGGGAGAGAUGUUGGCUGCUAAACCAGACUGCAGCGUGGUGCAGAAGGCGUGGCUGCAGGGUGUGGUGCCGGCUGUGAUGGAUUCCGAGAGCUCAGUGCAGGACAAGGCCCUGGAGGCUCUGGACCAGGUGCUGCUCAGCCAGGUCAAACCCUAUUCUGCCAGCCGCCACCUGGAUGCCAGUCAGAGUCUGACCUGGAGCCUGCUGGGCCUGCUCUGUCACGAGUGCCAGAACCUCAGCCGAUAUUUCAGCAGGGCCUUCACCCUCUGGUCCAAACAGAAGAAGUUCACACCGACAUUCAUCACCAACCUGAUUUCACACACUGAGGCAGAUCAUGGUGCCGGGGCCUGGCUGCUGCUGUCCAAGGUCGCUGCUUCUUCCUCUAAACUGCCCUAUGAAAAAAUCCUGGGCGCCUGGGACAACAUGAUCAGCUCAAAGAACGUAACAGAGACGACCUGCUGUCACAUUCUGUGUGUGAUGGGAGACAUGGCCACACAUUUAAACCAAGAUACAAAGGACAGGAUAGUUGAUGAUCUGAUGACUUGGUUGAAGACUUUUACUUUGUCUCUGGAGGUGAUCUGUGCUGCUGUGGAGACUCUGUUUCAGUUUGGCCGCAGUGAAGACAUCAAACAGACUCAGGCUUUCAUGAACCAGCACUGCGGUGAGUUGGUGUCGAUCUGUGAGGCUUAUUUAGCCCCCAUCAUCCUGACUGAAAAGGGAGCCCAGAACCUGAACGAGGAUCUGAUGGUAAAACACCUCCACACUCUGGGCGUGGCGUCUCUCCACUGUCCUGCCAAGGUCGGCAAAAGAACUGUGCUGCUGGUGGAAUCUGUCCUCACAACACAUCGUGACAAACUGACAGAGAACGAGGAGGAGCUGCCGGCCUCGCUGCCUCUGUCGCAGUUCAAAAUAAACUCCAUGCCCACCAAAGUCAGAGCACAUGGAGUCAUCACCUUAGGUAAACUGUGUUUACAGCACGAGGAGCUGGUCCAGAAGUACCUGCCAGUGUUUGCCAGGGAGCUGGAGGUCGGCACGGAGGUUGCCGUGCGCAACAAUGUGGUGGUGAUCAUGUGCGACCUGUGCGUUCGGUACACCAACAUCGUGGAUAACUACAUCCCCAACAUCUCUGCCUGUCUGCGAGACAGUGAAGCAGUCAUCAGGGAGCAGACUCUCAUCAUGCUGACCAACCUGCUCCAGGAGGAAUUUGUGAAAUGGAAGGGCUCCCUCUUCUUUCGCUUCAUGGUGGCGCUGGUCGACCCAGUCCCCGCCAUCGCCAGUCUGUGUGAAUACUGCCUGCUCCACCUGCUGCUGAAGAAGAACCCUGAAAUGUUCAGCCAGCACUUCAUAGAGUGCAUCUUCCACUUCAACUCCUACAACAAACACAAGUCCUACAACAAGUUCCCUCAAAGUGAGAGAGAGAAGGUUCGGUUCUCCCUGAAAGGAUCUCAGCAUCGUGACAAGCGAUUUCGGAUCUACCGUUUCCUGUUGGAGCAGUUCACAGACGCACAGCGCUUCAACAUCACCAACAAGAUCAACCAGACCGUCUUAGCAUGCUUUGCAGACGAGGAGCUCCCUCUAGAUGCAGAAGGAGCUGAAAUUUUAUCAGAGACCUUCAGCAUCUUGAGUCUGAAGGAGAUGAAGCUGCAGGCCGUAUCUAGUGCAGCCGGAGGCGCCGCGGGGGAGGAACCAGAGGAGGAGAACAUGGCCACCAUGGCCAAGGCUGUCCUGCAGGCCGCCAAGAAGAAGGUGGUGUCACAGGUCCAGAAGAAGGUCUUCAUAGAGAACACGGUUCCUCUCAUCAUCAGCCUGAAAAGCCUGCUGGAGCAGAAACGCUCUCCUGUCCUCAGAGACCUCAUGGCCUACCUCCAGGUGACCAUGCAAGAUUACCGUAACGAGGUGAAGGAGUUUUUCUCUGGAGAUGAGCUGCUGGCGGCUGAGGUGGAGUUUGCUCUGAAGACGGCUGAGAAGGAGAGAAAGAUGGCGGAACAGAUGGAGGAACAGAUGGAGCACUGCAGCCUGACAGGAGACGCCAGGACUCCCACUGCACAGCGCUCCGUCCAGAACUCUCCCGUUAAGUCCAGGCCCCUCCUCCCGUUUGUGUUCGGCACACCACAGCCACGACAUCCAAACCCACAAUCUGCCAGGCUGUCACACACCGAGGGGCGUGUGGGCAGAUCCAGGCAGGGGGAACCUGUCCAGUCUAAGUCAAUGGCUCUGGAAGGAACAGUGAUGCCUAAAGGAGCUGUGAAUGACCGAGCCAUCAGCACACCAAAAGAUGUCAACAUCAACUUAACUUUUGACGAGGGACUCAGCGCGAUCUUCAGCGACCAAGGAACAAGUGCUGUCAGGGAGAGCAGUGUUCUUCAUGUGCGGUCAAACGAGCAGCAAACUCCUGGACUGAGGCAGUGGAACGUACAGUCUCCUCUCCGCCAGAAGAAGAAAUCAUCUGAAGUUUAGUUGAGAUGAAGCUUCAUUCAUACAGUGAUAUGUACUGAAAUGGUGUUUAUUCUUACUGUAUUAUCGUACUGAUAUUUUUCUGUUUCUGCAUGUCUUAUGUUCUUUCCUGAAGACUUCCUGUUCUGUUGCUCUCUCUGUGUGUUCUGUAAAUGUUUUUAUAUCUGGACAAAUCUCUUUGCUAAUAAAGGUGACCUUCACUUCA